CCAAAGCUGUUUUAAGAGAAUUACUUAUCUCCAAGACUUAAACUUCCCCUAACAAUGCUGAAACGCUCUAAACAGGGUUGUCUCGGUGCGUGUUGAUGGGUGGUUGUUGUCCUGACAGGGGGUGUGGUGGCUCUUCUACAAGACAUUACUUUCCAGAAUAGUCACAUAACGUCUUGAGCAAAGAUGCAGACAAACGUAUAGUUCAAGCUCGGGGGAAAGAGAGGCAAUUAAUAAUUGCUCGGAACGGAGAAGAAUCCGUCAGCAGCGCGUCCGUUUGGACAUUAUUCAUAGCUGUGAAGAUGCGGCUUCCACGCGUCACUGUUUUUCUUCUCACGGUCUCUUUGAGCAUAGACAAGGGUACUGCUAAGGGUGGAUGCUCGGGGUCUUCAUGUGGUGGAUGUGACUGCAGUGGUGUUAAAGGGGCGAAGGGUGAGGUUGGGCUCCCUGGUUUAAUGGGCCUUGUAGGAUUUCCUGGAUUGCCAGGGCCUGAGGGCCCCUCAGGGUCAAUGGGACUAAGGGGAGAUACAGGGGAGCCAGGAACUCCAGGACAGAAAGGAAACAGAGGCCCACCAGGUGUGGCUGGUUUCCCAGGACACCCAGGUAUUCCUGGUCUUCCAGGUCUAGAAGGUGCACCUGGACCUCAAGGAAUCCCAGGCUGCAAUGGAACAAAGGGGGACCGGGGUUUUCACGGAAUUCCAGGUGUUCCGGGAGUGCAGGGACCACCGGGUUUUCCCGGUUUGAGGGGAGUAAAGGGAGAUCCAGGUGGUGUCAUUGGAGUACCCAUCCCUCAGAAAGGAGACAGGGGCUUGCCCGGACCACCUGGUUCACCCGGACAACAAGGAUAUCCUGGACAACAAGGGCCAGUCGGCCCACCUGGACCAAUAGGACCUCCUGGAAGGUCUGGUGAACAUGGCCAAAAGGGAGAGCCGGGUGACAAGCUGACAUUUAUUGGUGAGAAAGGACAAAAGGGAGAAAUAGGUUUAUCCGGUCCUCCUGGUCCACCAGGGAGACGAGAGGAACAUGGAGUCUCUGAGACUAUUUUUAUACCUGGACCACCGGGUGAAAGAGGCUCUAACGGAGAGAAAGGAGAAAAGGGUUUUUGUGAACCACAUCAACAUGGAAUCAAAGGUGAACCAGGACCACCGGGACCAAUCGGGAAACCAGGAAAAGAUGGACAGAAUGGAGAAAAGGGGGAUCGGGGCAUAACGGGUAAUCCUGGCUAUCAUGGCUUUCAGGGGGAAAAAAGGAGACAGAGGACCACCAGGAUAUGGUGGUGGUCUUCCUGGCCCUCCUGGUCGUCCUGGCCCCCUGGAGCACAAGGAGCGAUAGGUUCUCCAGGAGAGAGUGGAGGUCCUGGACCCCCAGGCAGGUAUAUUCCUGGUCCUCCUGGACCUCCUGGCGUCCCUGGAGAGAUUGGCCAUAAGGGAGAUAAAGGAGCUGAUGGACUGUCUCUUAACGGUUCAAGAGGAGCUGAUGGACAACCAGGCCCCCCUGGACCGCCAGGACCAAUCAAUGAAACAUGUAAUAUCGAAAAAGGAGAUAAAGGCCCUCCUGGACCUCCUGGGUUGCAAGGAGAGAUAGGACAGAAAGGUGAUCAAGGUGAAACAUGCACAGAUUGCACUGUUUUUGGGCCACCCGGUUUGCCUGGUCCUCCAGGACCAAAGGGUCAGCAAGGUUUUCCUGGACAUGUGGGGAGUAAAGGAGAGAAGGGUGUAACAGGACCUCCUGGGUCUGUUGGAAUUCCUGGUCAGGAAGGCUCUCCAGGUUUAAUGGGUGCCCCUGGUGCUCAUGGUGAGCCUGGUGAUAUCUUUGUGGCUCCAGGGCUGAAAGGAGAUAAGGGUUUACCUGGUACUACUGGAGACAGAGGAUUCCCUGGUGUUGAUGGGCUCCCAGGAAACGAUGGUCGGUCAGGGCAACCUGGACCCAAGGGAGAGCCUGCAAGAUUUGGUAUUAAGGGUGAUCGUGGCCUAGAUGGAGAUCGUGGUCUACCCGGCCUUCCAGGUGAGAGAGGUCCCCCAGGUAUUCCAGGCAUAGGUCGGCCAGGGGAACCUGGUGAAAAAGGCUCAGAAGGUUUGCCUGGUGCACCAGGAAGGCCAGGAUUUCCAGGAGCUAAAGGCGAAGCUGGUAAAAGUAAAAGUUUACCUGGACCUCAGGGUGCCCCAGGACCUCGUGGAGAGACUGGCAGACCUGGUUUUCAAGGUGACACAGGUUUUCCAGGUGAACGUGGAAAUCCAGGAUUCCCAGGAGACAAAGGUGACCCUGGACUGUCAGGAAUCGGCCCUGCUGGGCCCCCAGGGCCAAAAGGAUACUCUGGGAUUCCAGGUCCUGCUGGGAUUCCAGGAGAGCCUGGUCGACCAGGUCAGGAUGGCCGGCCUGGUCGUGCAGGGACAUCUGGUCAAAAAGGUGAACCUGGCAUGGGUCUUCCUGGUCCCAAAGGUGCCAUAGGUUAUCCAGGAGUGCCAGGAUUUCCAGGGGAGAAGGGUAUUCCUGGAAUGCCAGGGGUUCCUGGAAUUGAGGGGCUUACUGGGCCACCUGGAUUACAGGGAUUCAAAGGUAACCCUGGACCACCUGGAGCUCGUGGUGCGAUGGGGCCACCAGGUCCUCCAGAGCUCGGAGAACCUGGACCACCUGGACCAAUGGGCCCACCUGGACGCCCUGGACCCUUUGGCCAGAUAGGUAUAAAGGGUGAGAAAGGUUAUCAAGGCCUACCUGGUGUAGACAUGCCUGGCCCUCCAGGUGACAGAGGUAGCCCUGGUGUCCCAGGUCUAGCAGGAUAUAAGGGUUUGCCAGGAGAACAAGGACCUCCAGGAAGAGAUGGCUUCCCUGGUGAACGUGGUCCAAAAGGACAAAUUGGAAUAAUGGGAAUGACAGGACCUCCUGGGUAUUCAGGGCCUGAUGGGAACCCUGGAGAACCUGGACAAAAAGGUGACCCCGGUUUGAUUGGGAUCAGGGGAGAGUUUGGUGAUCCAGGUAUCAAGGGUGAGAGAGGAGAAAUGGGUUCACAGGGGCCACCUGGAAACAUUACUGAUUAUCCAAUGGACAACUUUAAAGGGGACAAAGGAGACAGAGGAAACAGAGGUGAUCCUGGUCCUACUGGAGAAAAGGGGUUUCCUGGAACACCUGGAGACUCUGGAAUGCCAGGAAAAGAUGGAAUGCCUGGUUCACAUGGACAGCAAGGUGAGAAAGGAGACACUGGAGUCCCUGGGGAGCAAGGAGGAACUGGAGAACCUGGAAACCCAGGUCAAAGAGGAGACAUGGGAUACCCAGGUUCAGUGGGACCAAAAGGUAUUCAGGGUGUUAGUGGGUCUCCGGGACAUCCUGGAUUUAAAGGUGUUGAUGGCCCCAAAGGAGAUAGAGGAGAGCCUGGUUUACCAGGAACGGGAAUCCCCGGUCCCCCUGGAGUGAAGGGAAAUGUUGGCACCCCUGGUUCCCCUGGGGAACCUGGACAGAAGGGACAGAAGGGUACAAUGGGCAUCCCAGGAGCUCCUGGAAUUCAAGGACAUAAAGGAGACACAGGAUCGAUUGGUUACCCAGGCAGUCCAGGGAGACCAGGUGAGAAAGGUGUCAGUGGGUUGCCGGGGUCUCCAGGAGAACCUGGGUUUCACGGACGUCCAGGUGAGCCUGGUCUACAGGGUCCACCAGGUCAGCCUGGGGAGAGAGGCAAUGCAGGGGUAGAUGGCAUUCCUGGAUUCAAUGGAGAAAGAGGAGAACCCGGUAUACCUGGUAUAGGAUUGACAGGAGCAAGCGGAGAACCUGGCAGCAAAGGUGACAGAGGCAACCCUGGUCUUCCUGGUUUGGCCGGGAGUCCAGGUAUUCCUGGAACCAAAGGUGAGAAGGGACUGCCAGGAUUCCAAGGGAGCCAAGGAUGGCCUGGAGAGAGAGGACUUCCAGGAGCAUCCCUUGAGGGCCCUAAAGGGGACAGGGGAGCUCAGGGACAGCCGGGAGAAAGAGGUGUGACUGGUUAUCAAGGCCCACCUGGAAUACCUGGCAGUGCUGGAGCUAAAGGAGAAAAGGGAGAUGUGGGCUUCCCUGGCCCACAAGGUUCUCAUGGGUAUAAGGGGGACAAAGGUUUCACUGGUGUUCCUGGUGAGCCCGGAUUGCCUGGUUAUAAUGGACCAAAGGGUGAGAUGGGACAACAGGGUGUUCCUGGUUUCCCUGGUAUGAAGGGUGAGAGAGGAGUGAUCGGCUCUAAGGGUGACGGAGGUGACAGAGGAUUCCCUGGUCACAGAGGAAGCGAAGGCCCCCCUGGACCCCCUGGGCCGAAGACAUUUAUAAAAGGAGAUCCUGGUCUUCCGGGACCUCAGGGUCCCCCGGGUCUAGUUGGAAUCCAAGGCGUCCCUGGACAGAAAGGACAACAGGGUGUGAUGGGAACUCAGGGUAUAAAAGGAUAUGAUGGGACACCUGGAUAUAAUGGACAUCCUGGAUCCAAAGGAGAGCCUGGACAAACUGGACCCUCUGGCCCCAGAGGGUACCCUGGUCCUCCAGGGCCUAGUGGUAUCCCAGGUCGCAUCGGCCAUCCUGGCCCUUCCUCCAUGGACCACGGCUUCCUCGUAACCCGCCACAGUCAGAGUGUUGGUGUUCCACAAUGUCCAGAGGGAACGACGCCAAUCUAUGAUGGAUACUCACUGCUAUAUGUCCAAGGCAACGAGAGGUCACAUGGACAAGACCUAGGGACAGCUGGUAGCUGCCUAAGGAAGUUCAGCCCAAUGCCUUUCCUCUUCUGCAACAUCAACAAUGUAUGUAACUUCGCGUCUCGUAAUGACUAUUCGUACUGGCUCACGUCUCCCGAGCCCAUGCCCAUGAACAUGGCCCCUGUUACGGGUCAGAACAUCAAACCCUUCAUCAGCAGAUGUGCAGUUUGUGAGGCUCCUGCUAUGGUGAUAGCUGUUCACAGUCAGACCAUCCGGAUCCCUCCUUGCCCUCAAGGUUGGGAUUCUCUCUGGAUGGGAUACUCUUUCGUCAUGCACACCAGUGCUGGUGCCGAGGGCUCCGGUCAGGCUCUGGCCUCUCCAGGUUCUUGUCUGGAAGAUUUCCGCUCGGCUCCCUUCAUCGAGUGUCACGGUCGAGGCACCUGCAACUACUAUGCUAAUUCCUACAGCUUCUGGUUAGCCACCAUUGAGGACAACGGAAUGUUCAAGAAACCCGUCCCCACAACGCUAAAAGCUGGCGAUCUACGAACUCACAUCAGCAGGUGUCACGUGUGCAUGAAGAGGGUCUAGACCAGCCUCUGCACUCUGUCUGCUCUUUAUAUUCCAGUUUUACAAACAAACUACAAUCGUAUGGUGCUACUUCUGGGAAACCUUCAAGAACCCACAGAAAACUACCCGUCUCAUCAUUUAUACCAAUGGAACUUCAAGAUCUGCUGGCACAUUCGCCUCAUAUAACUAACUCAUGUUUAACUAACAUUGUUCCAUUGUGUCUGAUGGAUAACACCUGUUUACACUUGCACUGAGUUUAUGUAUUAGUAAGCAGGUAACCAUAUUCAUCAAGAGCUCACAUGGAUCGGAUGCUAUUCCAUCCAGCCCUUCUCGUGCUCUCUUUUUUCAGCAUUAUUUAUCAUCCCACUUAAAGAGAUCAGAUGCAGAUAUCUUGUUUAUUACUCUCUAAAACGCAUAAUCGAGCAACACUACUGACAUUAUAGAAUUAAAUAUAAGUUUUCCUACUUCACAGUCAGUAAGUUUGUCAGCACCCUCUCUGUAUGAUGUAGGAAAAGCAAAGAUCAAGCUUUGUUGUAAAUAUAGUGCUCUAUUUAGUUAACACUCUGUCACUUAAUCUUUUCAGGUAAAUGCCAUUGGUUUUGUUAUACUUAAUUAUUUAUGGAAACGUAAGAGAUGAGAGUUUAAACACCAAGGGGUUUUUCCUUUCUACACUGAUUUCUCUGUGUUAACCACUGCACAAGACAAUCGUGGCACAUAAACUUUAAUGUUCUGCACUUUGUUUUUUAAUCAGAAUGUGUCCUUCAGACUGAAAACUUACAUUUAUGAAUCUGUGUUUUGAAGUUUGUGCUUGUUCAUAUGUGCUGGUCCACCUUCCUUUUGGUGCAAAUGUUUUCACAUGAUGCUAUUUAACUUCAUUUCCAUUCACACAUAGGCAUACCGUCUCUUCUGUAUCUGUUCAAUCAGACUAGAAGUGCACUAGAAAGUCACCUUUGCAUCUUUUUGUUGACUCCUCUGUUAUCUCUCUGUUGACUUGAACUCAUCAGCAAGCUCACCUGACUUGAUUUCAACCACAUCUAUAACAAACUUCAAGAGGUUAUCCAGAAUGUCUGAAGUAAGCAUCUUUAAUUUGAACAUUGUUUAUGGAUUCUGUUAUAUGACUUGUGUUUCUUUUGUCUUAAUGUCCCAGCAACCAGACCAAAGAACCGGCACAUGUCCCCCUUACACAAUGGAUUUGUUGUUCAUGAUUUUUAUUUUUACUUUAUAUUUUAUUAUUUUUCCUUUUUUUUUCCUUUUUUUUUACACUGAUAAUACUUGACUUCAGUCUACACUACUCGCUCCAAAACCUACCACGCAGUAGGGGUUAAAUGACUAUAAAGUUGACUUUUAUGUGAUGAAAGUCGAAGUCGACUAGUCACUGAUGACAUCAUUAAUGGAAAAACAAGUCUGGAGCUGAGACUAGAACACCUUGUGCACAGCUAUGGCAUAUGACACAGUGCUACUGCCCAUGUGGCUAUUGCUCGUAUAACAACUCAUUUUUAUCAGUUCUUUUCUCUUUGGGUUAUUAUAUUUCUCCCAGAUUUCUGCUCGUUCUAAAUCAGAUAAAGUAGCACAGCAAACAUCACAUUCAUAUGACUGCAUUAGUGAGAGCAAUUGCGUUUGAGAAAUAAUUCUACCUGGCAGCGUGUCUUUACUAGUAGUGAAGCUGUGGGAUCUAGUUAUUAAGAAAUAUAUGCUUGCACUUUUCAGUUUCUAAGCUAUUUCAUUGAGAAACCACAGAACAGUGUUUAUAGAUUUCCGUGCUGAAUGAUUCUGUGUGUGUGCGAUCCGCGAGUGAUGUACGCACUUCUGUCUGUAGUCUAUGUGUGUGCGAUACAGUGCAGCACCGUGCAUUAUCCUGUUCAGUUUUGAGCAUCCAGUAAUAUAAUCACACCGCACGUCUUGUAGAGCCUUUCAGAGUAUGCAUUUAUUUGUAAUUUUAACUGUUUGGAAAUUGAGCGUAAAUGAGGUCUUUCAAAGAUUUCUUAUCCUGUUGCGCCCUCUAUAGGACAAGCAACUAGUCGUCGUCAAGCUUAAAGCGUCAUGGCAGACCACUGAAGUCGACUAGUCGUUUAAUCAGUGCAACCCCAUCCCCACAGUUGACCUUUUAGCAGAGUUCAUCAAAUUGUUCCAUAAAUUUAAAAGUGCCUUACAAGAAUUUAAUCAUGGAUGUGAGCCAAUAUAUACGUACUAUAAUGUCACUGAUCUCACACACUCGCUGUAUCUUUGAUUUGCCCAUGAAGUAUUAACGAAUAAUAUAAGUUGAUUGCAAUUUUUUAAAAUAUAUAUAUAUUUU